GAGCUCGGCUCUCCAGCCCCGCGGUCACCAACUCUCCUUUCCCCCUUCUCCUCCUGCUUCCCCAGGAGCGGCGGCUUCGGGAGCGGCGGCGCCCUCCGUCCUUCCCCCGCAGCCCGGCCGGGCCCGAGAGGGAGAGAGAGAGAGAGCGCGCGCGCGAGAGCCCGAGCCGCGGGCGGGCGGGCGGCCAGGCGGCCCGGCGGCGAAGAUGGCAGAGACGCCGGCCUCGCCAGCCCCGCUGUCGCCGCUCGAAGUGGAGCUGGACCCGGAGUUCGAGCCCCAGAGCCGGCCGCGCUCCUGUACGUGGCCCCUGCAGAGGCCGGAGCUGCAAGGCAGCCCGGCCAAGCCCUCGGGGGAGGCGGCCGCCGACUCCAUGAUCCCCGAGGAGGAGGACGAUGAAGACGACGAGGACGGCGGCCGGGCCGGCUCGGCCAUGGCGAUGGCGCUCGGCGGCGGCGGGCUCGGCGGGAGCGGGAGCGGCGCGCUGAGCUCCGGGCUGCUCUUGGAGGACUCGGCCCGCCUGCUGCUGCCCGGCGGCCAAGACCCCGGCGCCGGGCCAGCCUCCGCGGCGGGCGCCCUGGGCGGCGGGGCGCAGACGCCGCUGCAGCUCCAGCAGCCGCUGCCGCCGCCGCAGCCCGGGGCGGCGGGGGGCUCGGGGCAGCCGAGGAAAUGCUCGUCGCGGCGCAACGCCUGGGGCAACCUGUCCUACGCCGACCUCAUCACCCGCGCCAUCGAGAGCUCCCCGGACAAGCGGCUCACCCUGUCCCAGAUCUACGAGUGGAUGGUCCGCUGCGUGCCCUACUUCAAGGAUAAGGGCGACAGCAACAGCUCCGCCGGCUGGAAGAACUCUAUUCGGCACAACCUGUCUCUGCACAGCCGCUUCAUGCGCGUACAAAAUGAGGGGACUGGCAAGAGCUCCUGGUGGAUCAUCAAUCCUGAUGGGGGGAAGAGCGGGAAGGCCCCCCGACGGCGGGCUGUCUCCAUGGACAACAGCAACAAGUACACUAAGAGCCGUGGCCGGGCAGCCAAGAAGAAGGCAGCCCUGCAAACAGCUACUGAGUCAGCAGAUGACAGCCCCUCCCAGCUCGCCAAAUGGCCUGGGAGCCCCACAUCACGCAGCAGUGAUGAGCUGGAUGCCUGGACUGACUUCCGCUCUCGUACCAAUUCCAAUGCCAGCACAGUUAGUGGCCGCCUGUCGCCCAUCUUGGCAAGCACAGAGUUGGAUGAUGUCCAGGACGACGAUGCGCCACUGUCCCCCAUGCUCUACAGCAACUCAGCCAGCCUCUCGCCUACUGUGAGCAAACCAUGCACCGUGGAGCUGCCACGGCUCACUGACAUGGCGGGCACCAUGAAUCUGAAUGAUGGGCUGGCAGACAACCUCAUGGAUGACCUGCUGGAUAACAUCACGCUCCCAUCGUCCCAGCAAUCACCCACGGGAGGACUCAUGCAGAGGAGCUCCAGCUUCCCCUAUACCACCAAGGGCUCUGGCCUAGGCUCCCCAACCAGCUCCUUUAACAGCACCGUGUUUGGACCCUCGGCUCUGAAUUCCCUGCGCCAGUCUCCUAUGCAGACCAUCCAAGAGAACAAGCCAGCGACCUUUUCUUCCAUGUCACAUUAUGGCAACCAGACACUCCAGGACUUGCUCACGUCAGACUCACUCAGCCACAGUGAUGUCAUGAUGACGCAGUCGGACCCCCUGAUGUCUCAGGCCAGCACUGCUGUGUCCGCCCAGAACUCUCGGCGGAAUGUCAUACUCCGCAGUGACCCUAUGAUGUCCUUUGCUGCCCAGCCUAAUCAAGGGAGUUUGGUCAAUCAGAACUUGCUCCACCACCAGCACCCGGCUCAGGGCGCACUUGGUGGUGGCCGUGCCUUGUCGAAUUCUGUCAGCAACCUGGGCUUGAACGACUCCAGCAGCCUUGGGUCAGCCAAACACCAGCAGCAAAAUCCUGUCAGCCAGUCUAUGCAAACCCUCUCAGACUCUCUCUCAGGCUCUUCCUUGUACUCCACUAGUGCAAAUCUUCCUGUGAUGGGCCAUGAGAAGUUCCCCAGCGACUUGGACCUGGACAUGUUCAAUGGCAGCUUGGAAUGUGACAUGGAGUCCAUUAUCCGCAGUGAACUCAUGGAUGCUGAUGGGUUGGAUUUUAACUUUGACUCCCUCAUCUCCACACAGAAUGUUGUUGGUUUGAAUGUGGGGAACUUCACUGGUGCUAAGCAGGCCUCAUCUCAGAGCUGGGUGCCAGGCUGAAGGAUCGCUGAGGAAAGGGGAAGUGGGCAAAGCAGACCCUCAAACUGACACAAGAACUACAGAGAAAGAAAAAAAAAAAACCCUUUGCCAAAUCUGCUCUCAGCAAGUGGACAGUGAUACCGUUUACAGCUUAACACCUUUGUGACUCCCGCACCAUUCCCUAGCCCAGCAGAGACUGUUAACGGCCCCUGAACCCCGGGUGAAGUACCCCAGGAACAGAACUCUCUCUAAAGUAUGCAAAACCUUCCUUGUAUUGGGUGAGGAUGAGCCAGCCACCUGCCAGCGAAAGACAACUGCGCCCUGUCAGCACCACCCACCACUGUGGAGCACCUGCGCACUGACGCCGUGUUUCCGUGCCUCGAUGGCCCAUGGGAUAUUAAGUGUUGUUUUGUGUUUUCCUUUCUGGGUUUGUCAUAUGCAUUAACUUGCAGUAUAUUUCUGUUGAAAUGUUAACCAUUCUCUCCCUGCAAGUUUUUAAAAUGUAAGAACAAGAUUGUAUUAGUGGUCAUUU